GCUCGUGUCGUGCUGCGUCGCGGCAUUUUUUCAAGGUUUUUUCUUUCCAUCGUUUCUGCACCUCGGUAGCAGAUUGGUUGGAGAAGAUUCCGUUUGAAUCGGGGUAGUUUUCGACAAGUGGUGCCCAUUAUUGUGGUGAAAAGUACUUCCUCAGCAUCCACGGACCGCUGAGAACUUCUGGAGAAGAAGUAAAUUGCUUGAAAUAACUGCGGAUAGCGCAAGAUGUCAAAGAAAAUGUCUCGCUAUCCACACGACGCCAAGGUUUAUGUUGGCGAGCUCGGAAACAACGCCAGCAAGCAGGAAAUUGAGGAUGCUUUCUCUUACUACGGCCCGUUGAGGAACGUUUGGGUGGCCAGGAAUCCUCCGGGCUUUGCAUUCGUGGAAUUUGAUGACGCACGGGAUGCGGAAGAUUCGGUACGGGGACUCGACGGAAGGACGGUUUGUGGCCGCCGCGUUCGGGUUGAGCUGUCAACCGGGAAGGGUGGUCGUGGAUUCCGCGGGGGUGGUGGUGGCGGUGGUGGAGGAGGCGGAGGCGGCCCUCCCCGAGGAAAGGGAGGCCGUGGAGCGUUUAAUCCGGACGAUCGAUGCUACGAGUGCGGUGGAAGGGGACAUUACGCCCGGGACUGCACCCGGUCCGGAAGGGGCAAAGGACGCAGGAGGUCUCGCAGCCGUAGCCCUCGUUCGCGUUCACGUGAGCUUCGCACUCGUUCGAAGACUAACAGCCGCAGCCGUAGCCGUGAUCGCGACCGCGAGCGCGAUCGUGACCGUCGUUCCCGGUCCAAGACGCCAAAAAAGUCCGGCCGAAAUGAUCGCUCUCUGAGCCGUGAUCACAGUAAAUCACCUCGGCGAUCAAUUUCGAAGGGACGUUCGCGCAGUCGCUCAAGAACACCUCGUUCGGCGACCAGAUCUCGUUCCCGGUCUCACCGCCGCAAUGGCACUUCACAUCACGACUAGGAAUGACGCCAGGUAUUGCCAAAUGUUCCAGAUCAUCACACCGAGAUUGAAACAUAGGCAGAAAAUGAAGAAAAAAUGAAACCCUUUAAAAUUAUUAAAAUUGACACAUUGAUGUCCCCCAUUUACCGCUUUUGACAAGGUUCGAAAGUGAUCAAACUAUGAUUUACUUAAUCCGUAGUAGUAGCAGUAUCAUCUGGAUUACUCUAUAUCUAUAAGUUUUACUAUAAUGAUCUGUAGUGGAAGAAUAAAAAGAAUAAAUCACUUGAGAUUGAUAGUGUGUGACGUAAGGGUCUAAUACUCUAGAUAAGAUGUGAUGACUGUUGCAGUAUCAUGACGUAUAAUAAGCUCUCUCUAUACGAAUUCUUCUACCGUAUUCAUGCAUUUACCGUUGGUUCUCUAUCGAUUCAAAAACAAAACAAUUAGCAAAAUAAGAAAACCACGUCCCAACGUCUGUAUUCAGCCAGUUCAGCAGAAUCAUCAAUCAGCAGUAUCAUAAUUAUGUUCGUAUGCUUUUAUUUAUAAAUUUGAACUUAUUGUAUAAUGCAAAACUAAUAAAGUAUUUGAACUAAGAUUUGUCAAGGUCAA